AUGCUUUCUUCAAACAUCGAUGGAAACAGUGGGAAUCACAAACGUGAUGGUCCCUCACUACUUCAGGCGUGGAACGCCUACAUCCAUAACCUCGAGGAUGUAGGUCGUGACGCUUGGAACGACAAACUUAUCAAAGCUCGUGAUAAGUUUGAAAAGCGAACCCCGACAGGUGCACGCUACAAGCUGCAUCGUCUGUCAAGGGAGAAGGGAUUACCCUGCCUCUCUUGGGGAGACUCGUGCCCAUGUUGUGUGAACAACUCUGCGCGCGCACCUAAGGAGGCUUACCUCCUUACCAGCCCGUGGUGGCGCGUACGUGUCUCUACUGAGAUGUACGAAGGGAUUGACAACCUGAAAUCCCUUUACGACCGUGCCGGGAAGACUUUCUCCGGCGGUCCUUCUGCGGCACAGGAUGUGCCGCGUCGAACUGCUCAACCGGAACCAGUACGUCAACCAUCAGUUGGGAGCGGGGCUCCCAAGAAUCCCAGGACGGGGGAUAGCCGCGCCACCGGACUAAAUAACUCGUCCGACGUCCGUCUGCGUCGCGGUGGUUCGACAGAUGCUCAACUAGAUAGCGCUGGCCACCGCGAGAGUCCUCUAAUGUAG